CACUGCUGCCAACCUACCGAUUUUCACGAGUCCUCUUCGGCGAAGGGCUGAGCGCCGACCAUCUUCAAUGAGCUUAUCACCGAAUUUUUCGAUGUGAUCAGUGACUUUAAAGAUGAGCAGUGAUUCCGGUUAUGAGUAUGAGUGCUCAAGGGCGGAACUUUUGGGCAUUCCGCCGCCUUCCUACGAUGAAUAUCUGAAGAAUAUGGCGGAGAGAAGCACGAACGCGGAGAUGGAAAACGAAAAAUUGGAGGAAAAUUUCCAGGAAACCAAGAAAGAUGAUGAAGAAGCCAAAGGGUCUCCUUCUGGAAAAUUGAACGAAAUCAACAAUAUCUUACAGAGCACGCAGGAGAAGCUGAAUCGCUUCAAGACCUCGUACGGAUCCCUGACGAACGCCUUCAAAUCGAAGCUCGGCAAAAGUCUGGACAUCUCCUUCAUCCAAUCGCAGGCGAACGGAUCCAGGACCAAUGGCGAUACGGGACCGUCGAAUACAAACAGAGAUAAGAGCGAAGAGCCGAUCAUUGGAUCAUCAAUGGUCGACGAUAAGGACUCGGAGAUGGCGUCCAAUCGAACGAGGCAAAACGGACAGUCCUUCGACCUGAGCUGCGGCUCCAGCAGGGAUGACGACCCCACGGCCUACAGGGAGGUAGAACUGAACGAGGACCCGAACGUGGACUCGAAGGGCGCUCAGGAGGGGAAGAAAUUUCUCAACUUCGGUUUUCUCAAUUUGGGCGGCGGGAAAUAGUCGGUUUUUUUUUGAAAAUUCGUUGGGUUGAGCGCAUCAAGUUCAUAGUUCGUUUAAUUGAAGGUAUAUCAUUAUCAUAACAAUUAAAAAUUUAACGACUGAAGAUAUAGAUAGCGCAGUAAAUUUAUCGUGAAUAUUUUGAAUUAUCCAUUUGUUCGAAAUUGUUUUCUCCAUAUCAUACGUAGGAUAUAUUUGAAAAGAAGAGUAUUUUGAAAUGAAGAAUUAACGAUAAGAAAGCACAAAUGAUGUGGAAGUGAGAUUAGAAUUUAGAACCUAGAAAACCGAGAAGAUCCAUGAAGAAUAUUGAAAAAUAAAGGUAGAAACUUAUCAGGGAA